GUCACCCCUGCAUACACCAUGGCCUCCUUCUCCCUCCCCAAAAUUCACGACAACCCUGACGGCGGCUGGGGUCCGUCGUCUUCUAACGUCCCAGAGCAGCUCAAGUUCAAAGACAUUCCUUAUGCUCCCUACUCCAAAUCCGACAAGCUUGGCAGAUUCGCCGACUGGAAUGAUCUUACCAGCGACGGCAGACAGACCAACACCGGUCCUCUCGCGGCCACAAACACUCGCGGCGGCGCCGGCCGUGGUCGCAGGGACGGCGCGCAGGCCUUCGGGAGCGGCACCGCGAGCGCUUUCUCGUAUUUCCACAUCGAGGACGAGUCGAGCUUCUCUGUCGUCGACAACAAGGCCGCACCACCCCGUCGUGGGGGUGGUUUCGCGAGAGGCAGAGGAUCUGCGCGCGGUAAUAGUUCGUUUGCUAGCCGUGGUACUUCCAGGGGUGGAUCGCGCGGUGGCUACAAUACUGCACCCAGGAGCGGUGGCCAGAGGGGCGGAAGGAGAGGCAUGAGGGACUGGGAGAAGAAUAACCGCACUCGUGAGUCGUCGGUGGCGAUCUCGCCGUCAUGGCAGAUGCUUGAAGAGAUCGAGUUCCAUCGCUUGGCUAAGCUUCGUCUUGACGUUGACGAACCCGAGGAUCUUGGUAACUACGGGCGUAUUUUCCCGUACGACAAGUCCUACGACCGGAUAACGACCAAGACCGAGAAGCCGUUGCAGAGCUUCGAUCGCCUCAAGUACAACACGACGACCUCUGAUGACCCUGUCAUCCAGCAGCUCGCUGCCAAAAACACCGCAAAGGUGUACACCACUGAUGUUAUCCUCAGUGUGCUGAUGACUGCCCCAAGAUCAGUCUACCCUUGGGACAUCGUCAUUAUUCGCGAGGGGGACAACUUGUUCCUCGAUAAGCGCGACGGUGGUAUGUUCGACCAUGUCACGGUUAACGAGAAUGCGGCCGACCCACCUCAAGACCCCACACCUUCCAACCCCAACAACCCUCAAGACAAGCAGACUGCUCCUGAUACGCCCUCGAUUAACUCUGCUACUGACUUGUCACUUGAGGCGACAUACAUCAGUCAGAACUUUGGUUUCCAGUCGGUGGUCGAGAGCUCUGCCCCGCCACCGGUCGACUUCGCUCAUCCAAACCCCUUCCAUGGUCCCGGGGAAACAGAACCACUUGCUUCUUGCGGUUAUCGUUAUCGUGUGUUCGAUCUCGGCAUUACAGAAGACGAAGACAUUAAGCUUUGCGUUCGAACUGAGGUCGAUGCCUACGUUCCGGGCCCAGGAAAUCCCCAAGAUGGCCACGGCCUGAUUACGAUUCGUGCGCUUAAUGAGUUCGAUUCGCGUGCACAAGGUGCAGGCGGAGCGCCAGACUGGCGUUCCAAGCUUGAUUCACAAAGAGGAGCUGUCGUUGCUACGGAGAUGAAGAACAAUAGCUGCAAGCUCGCCAAGUGGACGGUGCAGAGUGUGCUGGCAGGGGCUGAGCUCAUGAAACUGGGUUAUAUCUCUCGAGUUAACCCUAGGGACAACUCGAGACAUGUGAUCCUCAGCACUGCUUCGUUGCGCCCGACCGACUUCGCUGCCCAACUGAAUGUGUCCUUCGCAAACGGAUGGGGUAUUGUUCGCACUGUCACCGAUCUCUGUAUGAAGAUGCCUGAAGGCAAGUAUGUAUUGGUGAAGGAUCCCAACAAGUCCGUGAUCCGCCUGUACGCGGUCCCUAUGACCGCCUUCACGACCGAGGACGAUGAAGGGGAAGCAUUCGAGGGAGAUGAACCUGAGUCGGCAGCUUGACAUGAUGGAGUAACAAACAAUAGUGAAAUUUGAGAGAUAUGCCCUGAUCAUUGCAAUACAGCCAUCAAGACACUCC